AUGGCCAGACCCAAGGGCUCCAAGACCGGCGAGGGCGCCGCAAAGGCGGGAAGCAGUGGUCCCCCGCGCGUCAUUGAUGUUGACAACUUCAUCCGCGUGCGAGACUCGGUCUACGCCAGACUGUCCACCAUUCAGGACCUGAUUAAGAGCUUUUCGGUCGACUAUCUCCGUCAGACCAAUCUGCUCCUCGGCGAGGGCACCAACUUUGAGAAUGGCGCUGAUAUCGCUGCUCUCGAGAACGCCCUGAACCUGCUGCCUCCGGCACCUGUCAUGCCCCAGGUCGAGGAGAAGAAGGAGCGCAAGAAGCGGUCUCACGACCCCAACGCUCCCAAGCGUCCUCUGACCCCCUACUUCCUCUACAUGCAGACUGCCCGUCCCAUCAUUGCUACCGAUCUCGGUGCUGAUGCGCCCAAGGGAGCUGUUCAGGAGGAGGGCCAGCGCCGGUGGGGUUCCAUGAGCCACAAGGACAAGGAUGGCUGGAACCAAGCGUACCAGUACAACCUGCGUCUCUACAACGCUCGUGUUCACUCGUACAAGCGUGGCAAUGCCAUCGCCAAGCUCAUGACCGACGAUGAGGCUCUGAAGUAUGCUGAGGAGUUCGACAUCCCCAUGCCGACUGGCAAGGACCACGAUGCUGGUGACGAGAGCGCGAUCGCCAACCAGCUCCAGCAGAACCAGGCCGCCAACGAGCCCGAGGAGCCAGCGAGCAAGACCCCCAAGUCGGCAAAGAAGGCCACCGGCAAGCGCAAGACGGCCACCCCCGCCGCUGAGACCGACGCCGCUAAGGCCGGCGCCGCCAGCCCGGACAAGAAGCGCAAGCGGACAUCGAAGGUAACUGAAGAGAAAGAGCCAGAGCCCAAGAAGUCUGGACGCAAGAAGGCUAAGAGCGGGUAG